ACAGCUCGUAAACAAACAUCGAAACGAUUGUUAUCAAUUUCACAAAAAAAAAUAUAAAAAUGAAAACAAAACUUUUUAUUUAUUCAAAUUGGAAAUGUGACAAAUUGAGUGCUAAUAAAAUUCUUCGCCUGGCUUGCUCCUUCUUCGGGAAAUACUUUACAUAUUGAUAACAGAGAUCAUGAAAGUGUAAGAACAUUUCUCAAGUGGGCAAAUAAGCACCAAGACGUAAAAAGUGC